GCGGAAUCGAAGCAUCGGAAGCAGAAGGGACGCGAUGGGCGGUGGCAUGAAGUUCCUCAACCUCAAGGGGUGGCACCCUUCGAACAAGACCAACCAGAAGCGCAUCUGGAUCGCCGAGCAGAAGGCGCAGGCCAAGGUCGACGCCGAGAAGGACGCAGCCAACGAGAUCAAGAAGGAUGCGGAGCUCCUGCGCUUCCAACAGAUUGCAGCGUCCAAGGGUGACACGGAUGCGCACAAGCGCAUUGACUCGCAGAAGGUCUCGUUCAUGUACCAGCCGCCGCCGGGGCUCCAAAAGAUCAACGAGAGGGUCGACGUGGGCGAGGCUGACGACGCCGUCCUGGCCUUUCGCAGUAAGAUCGAAAAGAAGGCUGCAGCCAAAGACGCAUCCAAGUCGCAGCGCAACCUCGAGCGAUAUGUCGGCCGUCGGCCCAACGAGGCCAUCUCCAUCAAGGAUCAAGUGGAGCGCUUUCCGAUGCUCAAGGAUGCACCCGUCGAAGGCGAGUACACGAGCAACAUCCGCGUCAACUUCCAGCCCGUCGGCGUCAAGCUCCGGAACGUCAAAUGCAUCCGCUGUGGCGAGUGGGGCCAUCAGUCGGGCGACCGCGAGUGCAGUCUUCGCGAGUUCAAUCCCCUCGACGCCGCACGUCAAGCCAUGGAAGACCCGAUGCAGCUCAUCCAAAAGAUGAAUGCGUCGCGCAAGAACGACCUCGUGAUGAAGUCGCUGCCGCUCGAGAUGCGCACAGAGCUCUCGGGCGAGUUUGAGAUCCUUGCGUCCGACGACGACGACGACGCGGCCGACCCCGAGCGCGCGUACCUCGCGUCGCUCUCGUCCAAAGAGAAGAAGAAGCUGCUCAAGAAGCUCAAGGAAGAGACUGGCGAGUCGUCGAAGAAGCGCAAGCAUCAUAAGAGUGAGAAGAAGGCAAAGAAGGAGUCCAAGCGCCAUAAGCACUCGGAUUAGAAGAUAUGGCGUUCAGCGU